AUGACAGCAAACGAACCUAGAGUAUGGAUGGUGAUGUUCCUCAUGGGCCUUAUCGGUGGUUAUGUUUUUGGAAGAACCCACUCGGAGGAAGGUACCGGAGGUAAGAGGGCCGCGGUUGUGAUCAGCGGCGAUAACCGUGGUGAAUUCAAGAUGGUGUUGGUGGUUCGACGUGAUCUUCCUAUGACCAAGGGUAAAGUAGCAGCCCAAUGUGCACAUGCAGCUCUUGCGUGUUAUGAGGAAGCUCAAAAAAGUAACCCAGAUUUCUUAAGUACUUGGAAAAAGGCGGGGCAGGCCAAAAUAACCUUACAGUGUGACUCUGAGGCGGAGUUGAGGAGGUUAGAAGUUCGCGCAGCUCGUUUGGGCGUCACUGCUUGUGCUAUUGUUGAUGCUGGUCGAACUCAAAUCGACCCAGGUACCACCACCGUGUUAGGAGUAGGCCCAGCCCCAGUAACACUUGUCAACGAAAUAACAGGGCACCUUAAGCUAUAUUGA